CUCCUCCCGGCUUUGCCACCCAUCUCAGAGGCCCCGCCGCCUGCGUCACUUCCGUCCAGACCGGAACCCAAGAUGGCUACGCUCUUGUUGAGACAUGUUGGCCGUCAUUGCCUCCGAGCUCACCUUAGUCCUCAGCUCUACAUCAGAAACGCUGUUCCAUUGGGAACCACAGCCAAAGAAGAGAUGGAGCGGUUCUGGAAUAAGAACACAAGUUCAAACCGUCCUGUGUCUCCCCAUAUUACCAUCUACAGUGUUAAGACUGGAGAAACAGAAGGACCCAGCUGGUCUCUUCCUAUGGCAAUGUCCAUUUGCCACCGUGGCACCGGUAUGGCCUUAAGUGGAGGGGUCUACCUCUUCGGCUUGUCUGCCCUGUUACUCCCUGGAAAUUUUGAGUCUUAUUUGGAAUUUGUGAAAUCCCUGUGUCUGGGACCAGCAGUGAUCCACACAGCUAAGUUUGCACUUGUCUUUCCGCUCAUGUAUCAUACCUGGAAUGGAAUCCGACACUUGAUGUGGGACCUAGGUAAAGGCCUGAAGAUUACCCAGCUCUACCAUUCUGGAGUGGUCGUCUUAGUUCUUACUGUGUUGUCCUCUCUAGGGCUGGCAGCCAUGUGAAGAGCUGAAGAUCCCAGCAUCAUCUUUCUACACAUUAUUACAUUGAUUCACCUUCCUGUUUGUCACUCUUAUCUCCAGUGAACCAAAUUAUCCUGAUGUGUUUAAAUCCUAUUGUGCUUGUAGAUCCCUUUGGAACUCAGAAGAUAGCUUAUAGAACCACAGUAGUAGAAAAAGGUCCAGUUUCCCUCUUGUUUCUAAUGAUGGAGUGGCUGCAAAAACUCCCUUUUCCUGCCCACAGCUCACAGCCUACUCUGAGCCAAGGAGCCCUUAUUCUCUCUCCGUGUUGGACUUUUGAUUUGUGCUGAGGGUCAGCGUUUGGCUUCUUCUUCCUGAGACAGUGGAAACAAUGCCAGCUCUGUAGCCUGUGCCCUGGGAACUGGGGGUGAGGCUUUGGGUGCCACUGCCUGUGGGUUGCUGGCUUAAAGGACAGUUCUGUUCAUUGGUCAGAGCCCAGGCCCUUUAGCACCCACACAGUGUGACUGAAAGAAGAUAGGUAGGAGUAGAGAAUUAUCCAGGCCCAGCUACAGGGAGAUAAAGAGGGUGAAUUGGUUCUUGGAGCAGAUAUUUUGGGAAGAAGAUACAUAGCAAGAAGAUGAUUCAGAAAAUUAUCAUCGACUACAAUGAAGGGUUUUGUUUUGUUUUGUUUUGUUUUUGCAUUUCUGGCAAAGCAAACCUUUUAAUGUCAUGUUUUCUAAUUCAAGUUCAUGUAUUAUCUUUUUCUGAAACUGAAUUAAAAUACUCAUUUUAUCUCUGA